AUGGGAUCCCAGGCUCAAAAACUCCUCUCUGAGGCCUGUAGGGUUGCUGUUAAUUAUCUAGCAUCUUAUGAGCUGAAUGUCAGUGAUGCUUAUUUAACUAUGUCCUAUUACUACGAUGAAGAGACGGAAGCACCUCUUUAUCUCCCCUUCUUUGAAGACCAAAUUGAGGUGAAGAAAGAACAUGCAAAGCAGUUCAUAACCUAUCUAAGAGAGCAUCGGAGUAAAAUCUGCCUUCCGGUGAUUAAGAGGCCUGACAUUGAUAACUGGGGAACUGGCAUUCAAGCUAUAGAGUCUGCUCUGCAGUUGGAAAACACAUUAAACAAGCUCCUACAAGACCUGAUGAACUUGGCUUCUCAAAAUAGUGAAACUGAUCUCCUAAGCUUCCUGAAAAAGUUCCUGGCUAAACAGAAAAGGAACAUAAACUAUCUGGAAUACCAACGUAGCUAUCAGAAGGAAUUAGACAGGCUGACUGAGAAGGAGGUCACAUCUGAAAAACCUGGUGAAGCAUCAGGUAAAGAGGCUUAACAUCUGAAGGCGACACAGUGAAUGUUCCACUGUAA